CCACGCAAAGAAAAGGCUAAACAAAAUAUCGGAACGUUGGUGCUGCCGAUUAUAUACUAAUACCAUCAUCUCUUACAUAAAUUUUACUACUAAUAAGCGUUGCACAUAUCAUUCUUCCCCAAAUUCCCCUUUCCUCUCUUUCUCUUCAACACUGAAACAAAAAACAAAACAAACCCGUCUUUCACCAAAUCCCUGCCAAAGAGGCAAAAACACAAACAGAUGGGGUGCACUGUAAGAGAAAAACAUAGGUCUACCCGGAGGACCCGAUCGGUGAAACCCGAUACCGAUCAUCCUUGUUGUGUUAUUGAUAAAGACUCAGUGUCUAAAUCCAUACUUGAAUCGGGUCUCAAGUCGUUGAGUUACCAUCUGAGUCUAAACGAUUCAACCCAAAGCCCUAAUCCUAAUCAUAAUACUAGCAAUACCAAUUUUGACGAUCAUGGUUUGGGGUAUUGUACUGAGGAACAAUUAGAGGAAUUUUUAUUGAAAAACCUGGAAUUUUUAUAUAAUGAAGCUAUAUCUAAGCUUGUAUCGUUAGGUUAUGAUGAGGAUGUUGCUUUAAAGGCGAUUUUGAGAAAUGGGCAUUGUUAUGGUGGAAUGGAUGUGUUGACUAAUAUAUUGCAUAAUUCAUUGGCUUAUUUGAAUAGUAGUUGUGGUAGUAGUAAGGGGAGUAAUUCGGAGGAAGCUGAGCUCGGGUUUCCAGAUAUAAGGCAAUUGCAGGAGUAUUCGCUUGCCGGUAUGGUUUGUUUGUUGCAACAAGUUAGGCCACAUUUAAGUAAAGGUGAUGCUAUGUGGUGUUUACUUAUGAGUGAUCUUCAUGUUGGUAAGGCUAGUACUAUGGAAAUUCCGUCACUUCCUUCACCAGCGAAUGGGUGUAGUCUGGUUUCGACCAACAUGGAUAGCAUUGGUAAUAAUGGGGUUAGUGUUGUGUCACCGGCGUUAUGUAGGUUUCAUGGUGGUUGGGGGUUUGGGAACGGAGGGGCAGAGUUCCCAGUAAAUGGGUUCUUUUCCAAUGGCAUGGAAAUGACUUUGCAAAGGGAAAUUGAGUGUCCCGAGAGGUUUAAUCUUUCACCUUCGAUGAAGUCUUUGUUGAAAAGGAAUGUUGCAAUGUUUGCUGCUAGUUUUAGGGCUAACUCAAAACAAUUGCAAGCACAAAAUCAUGCAUUGCCUAGUGGGGAUGCCCCUUUGGCUGUCGCUGGGGGUGAAGUUCCAGCUGAGAAAGCUGAAGAAUCACAAAAUUUGAAGAGCCAAGAUGGGGUUAAUUCGGUAUUGAGUAAAUUUCGUGAUUUGAAUAUCGAUGAGAAUUGGGAACAUGUUGGGGAAGAUAAAAAAGGCGAAAUGAUAAUUUCUUUGCUUCAUCAGAUUAAGGAUCUCGAGAAGCAAGUGAAAGAGAGGAAGGAAUGGGCUCACCAGAAAGCAAUGCAGGCUGCAAGAAAGCUUAGUAGUGAUCUUACAGAGCUUAAAAUGCUGAGAAUGGAGAGGGAGGAGAUGAUGCAGAUGAAGAAAGGGAAACACACAAUAGAGGACUCGACCAUGAAGAGACUUUCAGAGAUGGAGAAUGCUUUGAAGAAAGCUAGUGGACAGGUGGACCGGGCAAAUGCCGCUGUGAGACGGCUUGAGACAGAGAAUGCGGAAAUCAGAGCUGAGAUGGAAGCUUCAAAAUUAAGUGCAUCUGAAUCAGUCACAACCUGUCUCGAGGUUGCAAAAAGGGAGAGAAAAUGCCUGAAGAAGCUUUUAGCUUGGGAGAAACAGAAAACUAAGUUGCAGGAAGAGAUUGCUGAUGAAAAGGAGAAGAUUAAAGAACUGCAACGAUGCUUAGCUCGAGUAGAGCAAGAUCAGAAAGAAACCGAGUCAAAGUGGAAAGAGGAGCUAAAGGCCAAAGAACUAGCCUUAGCUCAAUUAGAGCAAGAACGACGCUCCAAAGAAGCAGCUGAAGCAAGCAAUAAAAGAAAGCUUGAGGCUUUACGUUUGAAGAUAGAGAUAGACUUUCAGCGCCAUAAAGACGAUCAUCAACGACUCGAGCAAGAGCUUUCCCGUCUGAAACAAUCAACUGACUUAAAUCAUCAAUCAGAUAAUUUACUCACAGGAAAAUCAGAGGGAGCAAAACCGCAAGGAGAAACAAUCGCUAGGUUACUUCACGAAUUAGAUAAACAACAAGAUUCUUCCGAGAACAAUGUCAAUGGUGAUAGAGAAUGCAUAAUAUGUUCAAAAGAUGAAGUCUCUGUUGUUUUCCUUCCUUGUGCACAUCAGGUUCUAUGUGCUAAUUGCAACGAUGGUUACGGGAAGAAAGGCAAAGCUACUUGUCCUUGUUGCCGAGUGCCGAUUGAACAAAGAAUUCGGGUUUUUGGUGCUACUUCAUAGUUGCAGUUUGAUUUAAAGAAAAAAAAACACUAUGCUGCAAACUUUCAGCAUUAGUAUUUAUGCAGUUUUCUUCAUCUAAGCAAACCAGCUAGACUGCUGCUGGCUUUUUUACAUGUAUACUUGCCUUAAAAACUAAACAUUGCCAUUGGUAAUUCCAACGGUAUGUAUUUAAAUAAAAUAUCAAUCUUCUCUUA